CCCUCUCUCUCUCUCUGGGAAUGGUCAGUCAAUUUCACCACUGAGAGCUCAAAAUCGCCUGACCUUGACCUUUACUCUCUCUAUCUCUUCCCCAAGAAAAGCAAACACCUCCCAGAAUUAGAUAAAACAGAAGAAGAAAGCCAUGAUGAUCUGUGGAGAAUUUCCUGCAUGGCUUGAGGUUUUGUUAAAAGAAAAGUUUUUCAACGCUUGUUUGGACCAUGAAGAUGUUAAGAAGAACGAGAAAAACAUUUUAUGUAUCGAUUGCUGUCUCAGCAUCUGUCCUCACUGUCUCUCUUCACACACCUCUCAUCGUCUUCUUCAGAUAAGAAGAUACGUGUACAGAGACGUUUUGAGGGUAGAAGAUGGUUCGAAGCUAAUGGAUUGCUCUUUAAUUCAGCCAUACAUAACGAACAGUUCGAAAGUUGUGUUCAUCAAUGAACGACCUCAGUCUCGUCAGUUUCGUGGUUCCGGUAACAUUUGCAUCACCUGUGACCGGAGUCUUCAGUCUCCUUACAUCUUCUGCUCUCUCUCCUGCAAGAUUAGUGACGUCAUAAUGAGGCAGAGAGGACUCUCAGGGUUUCUCCGCGUCUGCAACGUUCUCGAUUUAACCGACGAAGUCACGACAACGACGCCGAGCUCCACUCUCGAACCGACCGGGUCGACCCGAACAUCUUCCGAGUCAGGCGGUAACGCAGCAGGAGGAGGAGGAGACAUGUUCUGGUGUCAGGCGCUCGCCUGCACCGCCACUACCGAGAUCGUUAGGAAGAAAAGAAGCAGCUUGUCGACGACUUGCGGGAGAGUCACGGAGGCGGUUUCCACGACUAACACGGAAGCUCCGGCGAACUUUUUUAACCGACGGAAGAACACGCCGCCGCAACGAGCUCCGCUCUAUUAAUAUAACUCGUAACGUUUGUGAAGUUUGGUUGGUUGGAGUGUGGUAAGUAGAAUGAAUACACGUAACGUAACUAUAGACUAUAGUCCUUGUCUUAUAUUUUAAUCGAGUAUCUAAAAUAUCGAAUCACAAAUUAGGUUUUUUUUUAUAAUUAAGAAAAGUAAGGAAUUAAAAUAGUUGAAAAGAUAUCUCCUGGUUUUGUCUGACUCUGAGAU